GUUAGGAGUACCGUACCAUAUAUUAUUGACAGCCGCGCGUUCACUCACAGUCCUCACUGCUAUAUGGAUGGAGCACUUGUAGUUGAGAUUGAGAUUGAGUGCGUGCUAGCUAGAGCUAGCUAGAGCAGAUCAGAUCGCUCCACCAUGGCGGCGCCGCCGCCCUGCAAGACGAAUAGGAGCAGGCCUCCGCUGCUGCUGCGGAGAGCGAUGCUGCAUUCCUCCCUCUGCUUCCUCGUCGGCCUCCUCGCCGGUCUUGACCCCUUCGCCGUCUUCCUCCGCGCGCUCAACAACCGCACGCUCAUCGUCAGCAGCCGCCGCCACCACCACAUGAUGAUCAAUAGCCCGCAGCUGGUGGUCGUGGUCACCACCACCGAGCAGUCCGACCCCGAGCGCCGCGCCGCUGGGCUCACGCGCACGGCGCAUGCUCUGCGCCUCGUCUCGCCACCGCUUCUCUGGCUGGUGGUGGAGGUCGCCCCCGCCGAGGAGCACGCGGCGCCGCCCACGGCGCGGCUGCUGCGGCGCACGGGGGUGGUGCACCGACACCUGAUGUACAAGAAGGAGGAGGAAGCGACGAGGGAGAAGCAGAGGAACGUGGCUCUGCGCCACAUCGAGGACCACCGCAUCGCCGGCGUCGUGCUUUUCGGGGGCCUCGACGACGUCUACGACCUCCGCCUCCUCCACCGCCUCAGGGACAUCAGGACGUUUGGUGCGUGGCCUGUGGCGACAGUGUCGGCGUACGAGCGCAAGGUGGCGGUGCAAGGCCCACUCUGUGAGGCCGCCUCCUCCUCCUCCACCCGGCCGAGGGGCUGGUUCGACCUCGACCAUAUGCAGAUGCAGACGCAGGUGCUUCCCCGGCCGCCUCCGGAGACGUUCAUGGACGUCGCCGGCUUCGCCUUCAGCAGCUGGUUGCUGUGGGACCCGCACAGGUGGGACCGCUUCCCCCUCUCCGAACCAGACACCUCGCAGGAAUCGGUGAAGUUUGUGCAGCGGCUGGCGGUGGAGGAAUACAACAAAUCGACGACGAUGGGGAUGCCGGACUCCGCUUGCUCGCAAAUCAUGCUUUGGCGCAUCCGAACUGUACUCUAGUUUCUCCAUUAAUUUAAUUAGACACCCAUCUCUAGAGCCACUCCUAUACGAGCUGCUAGUUAAUUUGUUGCAAUCUGCGGCAGUUCAGUAGUGAUACUACAGACUAUAUACUCAUGUAUAUUGAAAUUUUUAUAUAAAUUUCAUAUUUAUCCGACUUCAUAUAAAAUGUUAGAUGCAAAUAUGUAUUAUAUUGAAAUUUGCAUUAUUCAAGG